AUGUUUGGCUUCUUCUCCAAGAAACCCUCUGAGACCGGACUUACUCAGUCGCCGGACGCUCCCAAGCCCUCCGGCUCUACAGAACCCAUCCAGCAACUACGCACACCGUCACCCUCUGUAGCCCCUUCUAACGAUCUUCAUGUACCGCCAUCAACAUCAGGGAGGCCAUCUGAAGAGCCGGAACCAAGUUUGCCAUCCAGGCCUGAGCCGACUACUGAAUCACUGCAUGCGCUCGUAUCAUCUGUCCCCCCGAAGACUCUGCACGCCUAUACUAUGACAGAGAUAGGGAAGGCGGACGAAUCUAUGCUGAACGCACUGGCGGCUUUCUUUGCUACACUCUCGCCGCCUCCACGCUUGCACUGUGUGCGCUGUCAUGCGGAUUAUAUGGACGUGGAGAAUACGGAACGCUCGUGUCACGUAGCGCACGAUGAUGAUACGGCCGAAGUUGAGCGCGGUGGCCCUUCAGGAUAUCAGACACUCUGGGGAUGCUGCGAGAAGAUCACGCCUGGCGAUGGAAGUGAGGGUCCGCCUGACGGCUGGUGUUAUGAAGGGUUUCAUACUACGGACAUCAAACGCGCGCGCUUCCGCGCCGAUUCAACGCCCACGGAUGACAAACUCAAGUCUUGUCUUCGUCUGAAUUGUCACGGCGUACGCGACGCGCUACCACGACGUGCCAAGCGGAGACGCGAGCAGGAGCCAGAUCCCGCGGAAGUUGCUGAUGAUGCGGCGAGCAGUGGCACUGAGGACAGUGGCGUAGCCGAGAUCGCACGUGGGGUCGGUGCCCUGGGCAAGAAACCCAGUACGCCGCGAAAGGCUCCGAAGAGUAGGGGCCGGCCAAAGCAGGAAGCAGGAGAGAAUGGCAUGGACGUGGAUGACACCAGCAGCGUUGCAGCGAGCGCUUCUGCAAGCGCUAAGAAGGCCCGAGCACCGCGAUCGCGGAAGGCGCCAGGGAAGGAGGGUACCGAAGUUAUGGACGUUGAUGCAUCCACCAGCGGCAGUCCCAAGGCGCCUGCGAGCGUCAAACGACCUCGAGGACGGCCGCGGAAGGAAUCUACGAAGGAUGGGGCAGAAACAGGCGCCGAAAGCGAUGCCGCGCCUGUGCGUCGUGGACGGAAGCCCAAACAGCAAUCUUCGGCCCGCGCGCAUACGCCUUCACAGGUUGAGGUCGUUCUACCACAACGGACGCGAAGCCAGAGUCGCAAUGCGCGAGCUGUCUCGCGGGCGCGCACUGGUGCGGAGACAGAUAACGAGGGGGCUCGUACCGACGGGGAAGGGCGCCAAAGGAAGAAACGUAGGGUCGCGGCGCCUGCUUCAGAUGACUGA